CUGUACCCAUGGCGAACCUCCCUCUGCACCACCGAUUCUUGUGUUUUCCAUUCAUCUCUCCUCAACCCUCCUUCGUUUGCGUCAUUCCGGGAUUUUCGUCGCUGGAUUCCGGUGGUUGAGGAAGUCAUUGAAUUUUCUCCGAUUCCCGUCUCUAUUCCCCGCCUUUGGGACGAAUAAAGCCUUCUCCGACAAGCCAUGCCCCCGAAUAAUAAGAAGAAGAAGAAGCCCGCCGCCAAUCCGGCUCGAGGCUUUGCUACGGUCUCUAUUCCGUCCAAACCCAAGUCGACGCCGACCGAGUCGACCGCCCCGACGUCGACCGCAGAGUCGAAAUCCGUCUCCGAGAGUGAUCGUCCGACCCCCGCAGAGGCAACGCAAUCGGUGGCGGAGAAGAAGCCAGAGGAUCACUCGCUGCAGAACUACUCGCCCGAGGAGCUGGAGAAACACUUGGAGGAUGCGGAGCUGCAAAUCUUGGUGGAGAAAUAUGCGUCGAAGUGUAAAAAUGACGCCGCCCGGCAGGUCACCAAGGUGGAGACCGAACGGCGGAUUUUCCGUCAACAGGCGGUUCCAUUGAAUCUGUUGGAGUGGCUCCCGGCGGAUAUUGUGAGUUCCGUCCUUCGACUGGCCGAGAUGGAAGAGUCCGAACUCAGUCCGGGGUCGGGACGCGAUUCGAAUGCUACGAAGAAGCCCGUCUCGGAAGAGGAGCUGUAUAUGAGGUUGUGGAGCUUGAGGGCGACGCUCCUCCGGCUUGGAUUUCCCCAGGAGAAAGUCGAAGAAGCGUUGAAACAUCUCCUGCAGUACUAUUCCAAUAACUUCAUCUCGACAAACCGGGAAAUGGUUUGCAAUUUUGACGAGGCUCUGGACUGGCUCGCCAUGCACUGUGAGCCGCGUGAACUACCGUCAUAUACGCAGACAAAUUCCCAAUCGCGCAGUGACGCCGACCGAAAUAUCUCCUGGAUCGCCGACCGCGAGCAAGAAAACACCUCCGCGCCGAAACCGUCCCAAAACAGCGGCAAACCACCAAAGCCAAAAGACGACGUGAAGCUGCCACUUCCUUCUGAUCCUUACGAGUCGGAUGUCUCCCUCGAUCCGGACACUCUGCUCCCGAAGUACUUGGAGUUACAGACUCGACUAUAUAAUCUUCGACCGGAGGUCUUCGACAAGCCGAAGAAAGGGAAGAAGGGGGCAUCGGGAAGCCUUGGGGCGGGUGCGGACGGCCCUCAAAUAGCAAGCAUCCAGCGCCAAAUCGCAAGCAUCCUGAACGACGUACUGUUUGAUCGUGCGGAGGCGGAGUAUCGGUGGCAGGAGAAGCUCGACGAUCUCAGGAAGGAAGCGUCGUUCCUCCGGCGCAGUGCUCCCGAGGCAAAGAAUACUCCCAAAGAAACCGAAACCAACGAGCAGAAGGAAGAAAAGGCCAUCGAACCGGGCAAUGCAUCACCGGCAGCGGAGGAUAACGAGGCAGCUGGGGAUCUCCUGGGCGAUAUGUUUCAAGGGGAGGAGGAGCCAGUGUUGGAACUUGGUGUGAUUACAGAAGAGCUCAACAACGCGGCUGUCACAUCGCGUGAUUUUGGCAAGUGGACUGGUCUGAGUCCUCGGCGUGUUCUGGAGGAGACAUGCAAGGCAAGGGACACCGGGUGCAAAAUCAUCUACAAAGACUUUUCUUCGUCAUCGCAUCUGAACCGGAUGGCGGUCGAAGUAAGAUGGUCUAAACCGCAGGACCUACCUUUCCCCUUCGUCUGGGACACGACUACAGUCAAUUCGAACUCAUACGCCACCUUUGUCUCCAUGGAUUCUAUUGCAACACCGACUUCCCAGCAAGCGGAGUCGUUCGUCUCGACGCUUGCUUUGUUCGUCCUGUUUCCUCAAAGCUCCAAAGAAGGCAAGGCAUACCUGCGCAUUCCGGCGGUAUGGCGAGAUCUCUGGACCGAGUUCUCCACCGCAAAGAAGACGCAGGAAGACGAGGCGGACAAGGCUACCAUACGCACGCUGAAAGGACUUGUCCAGGAGAACCACGGUGCACUCGAAGACGAUAUCGUGCUGGCGGCUAACUUCCGAAAGAGGAAUGGAACCCCUAGAAAGGGCCAGUCCCCAGUAAGAGCGACCAGCAAAGAAAACGCUGGUUUCGAUCCGCUAUUGAAGAAGAUCUGGGAUGAUAAGGCAUCGACUCAUUCGUUCCAGCUCAUGAUGCAGGGCAGAAUGAACCUUCCGAUCUGGAGCUUCAAGGACGAGAUUGUGCAUAUGCUAGACACCCACCACGCGCUGAUCAUUUGCAGUGAGACGGGAAGCGGAAAGAGUACGCAGAUUCCGUCUUUCAUCCUCGAGCACGAGAUGCAACAGGGUCGUCCGUGCAAGAUCUAUGUUACCGAGCCACGGAGGAUCUCGGCCAUUUCGUUGGCUCGCCGAGUCAGUGAGGAGUUGGGGGAGAGCAAGAAUGACGUGGGAACGGCCCGGUCUUUCAUUGGAUUUGCGGUCCGGCUGGAGAGCAAGGUCAGCCAAUCCACACGGCUGGUAUAUGCGUAUGUUUUCCUGUGCCCAUUUCCAAACGCACUCGACUAAUUUGCGGCAGAACGACCGGAGUGGUAGUGAGAAUGUUAGAGCGGCCUGAUGACUUCCUAGACAUUACCCAUGUGGUUCUCGA